CAGACUCAGCCUCAACCUGAAAAGAUGUGUUUUCUAGGCAAUGCAAAAAAACACUUCCCCCUGCCCUUAACAACUAUAAUUUAUCUCCAGACAUAGAGUAAGCAGAAAGUCACAGAUGAUACUGGGAAUAUAUUGGUCAUAAGGUUAACUUCCCAAUUCAAUAAGGACAUAUUAAAGGAAAUCUUCCUUUAACGCCUCCAGGCGUUUCAGGCAAAUUAGAUAUUGUACUUCUAGGGUUCACUACCUGGUAGAGAAGCCCGAAUUAGCUAUUCAAUGACCACUCAACAUGCCAAACAAUUCUAGGGCAACCUGCAAGUAAACUGUCCCUUCAAAAAGACGUUGUGCAGCCAGACUGAGUAUUUGGCCCACUGUUGGCUGGUGGGGAGGAAGUGGUUUCACAGAUGUGCACUAUUCUUAUACUAAUCUAAACACAAUCUAGACUACUGCUUCUUCACUAUCCUCCCACAGGCCCUAGGGUGGCCUCUUGAGUAGAAAUGACUUGUUAAAAUAGCAUACCUCAGAAUCUAGAGCCUGAGGCUCAACCAUUUAUAAGCUUGUUUCUUCUGAAAAAUGGGCACUAAUUACAAUGCCUAGCUGCCAGGAUUUAGACAUAAAGGAUGUAAAAAUGCUCUGUAAACUGUUGAGAGUUAUUAAAAAGAACACAUAUUCUCUUUUAGGAUGCCACGGUGCCAAGCUCAUCGCUAGAAAAGAUAAGGGUCUUGGUGCCUUUCAACACCCGCGGAGUUUACUCCCCGCUGGCCAGAGGGAGCCCACUUUGGCUCCUCCCCGCCACAACCACCGAGGGCCCGGCUCCGAAGCUGCGGGUGCGAGGGGAUCCGCCUCCCCAGCCCGCGGUGCUGCAGGGUGAAGUCCCGCGCCGGGGCGGAGCAGGCCAGCACCAGUUCCUGAUUCUACCAGCGGUGCUGGGGACUGGUGGCGCCACUGGCACGGGCCCUCGUGCAGCGCAGGAUGGGCCCGCGCGGCGCGGCGGCGAGCCUGCACCAAGGCCCUGGCCUGCGGCUGCCGCCGCUGCCACUGCUCUGGCUGCUGUUCUGGCUGAUGCUCUGGCUGCCACAGCCGGGCCGGGGCGCCGAGGCCGGCCGGCCACCCCAUCUGGUCUUCGUGCUGGCGGACGACCUGGGCUGGAACGACGUGGGUUUCCACGGCUCGUACAUUCGCACGCCGCACCUGGACGCGCUGGCCGCCGGCGGGGUGCUCCUGGACAACUACUACACGCAGCCGCUGUGCACGCCGUCGCGGAGCCAGCUGCUCACUGGCCGCUACCAGAUACACACAGGUUUACAGCACCAAAUAAUCUGGCCUUGUCAGCCCAGCUGUGUUCCACUGGAUGAAAAACUCCUGCCCCAGCUUCUAAAAGAAGCAGGCUAUACCACCCAUAUGGUUGGAAAAUGGCACCUGGGAAUGUACCGGAAAGAAUGCCUUCCAACCCGCCGAGGAUUUGACACUUACUUUGGAUAUCUCCUAGGCAGUGAAGAUUACUACUCUCAUGAGCGUUGUACCUUAAUUGAGGCUUUGAAUGUCACACGAUGUGCUCUUGAUUUUCGAGAUGGUGAAGAAGUUGCAACAGGAUAUAAAAAUAUGUAUUCAACCAAUGUGUUUACCCAGAGGGCUACAGCCCUCAUAAAUAACCAUCCUCCAGAGAAGCCUCUGUUUCUCUACCUUGCUCUCCAGUCUGUCCAUGAGCCCCUUCAGGUGCCUGAAGAAUACCUGAAGCCAUAUGACUUUAUCCAGAAUAAGAACAGGCAUCACUAUGCAGGAAUGGUGUCCCUUAUGGAUGAAGCAGUAGGAAAUGUCACUGCAGCCUUAAAAAAACACGGACUCUGGAACAACACAGUGUUCAUCUUUUCCACGGACAAUGGAGGGCAGACCUUGGCAGGGGGCAAUAACUGGCCCCUUCGAGGAAGAAAAUGGAGCCUAUGGGAAGGAGGCAUUCGAGGGGUGAGCUUUGUGGCUAGUCCCUUGCUGAAACAGAAGGGCGUGAAGAACCGGGAGCUCAUCCACAUCUCCGACUGGCUGCCCACCCUCGUUAAUCUGGCUGGAGGACACACCAAUGGCACGAAGCCUCUGGACGGCUUCGACGUGUGGAAAACCAUCAGUGAAGGAUGCCCAUCCCCCAGAGUGGAGCUGCUGCAUAAUAUCGACCCGAAGUUUGUAGACUUUUCUCCAUGCAAGAAGCUCAAGAUGGGCACAGAGAAGGUGCACAGCAAGGUCGACCUGAGCCUGCCYAUCUUCAUGAAGCACCCCCACUUCCUGGUGGGGGCCACCUGCAAGACUGAUCUCCAGAACACAGAGAGUGCAAGAGUGGGAGAUGAGGAACAGAACAACCAGGAAGAUGCCAGAGAACUCAGCCAGAGGCUCCGGGCUGCAUGGGGAGGUUCUAGAGAAACUGCAGGAGUUCCAGGCCUGGAGCUGGAGGCAACCUCUGUGGACGCUGGCGUCACUGCUGCAGCAUCUGUCAGAAAAGGAGAUGCAGAAGUGAAAGGGGAGAAGGGGAAGGGAGAGGGCAUCCUUGCUGCAGGAGCCAAGAAACUGGGCCACUCCCACCUUGUGCAACCCUACUGCAUCCUGCAGCAGGACCCAGAGACCAAGAGGAGGGGUAGAGGUGGAAGGGAACCAUGA